GACAGAUUGCUUGAACAGCCAACCAGAACGAACAGGGGUCGUGACCUCUGACGCAUGCGCAGAGUAUCGAAAUACAUGUGACAUGAGGCAUACAUAUACAAGUGUUAACUUAUAUCCAUAUCAUUUUGUCACUGCAUUUGUGUGUGAAUGAAUGUGUUUAGGUGAUAACAGUAUUUUCCUGGAUUAUACAAAGGUCACGACAGGUCGACCGAGCUGUUUGGAUUUAGUUAUAUAGUGUAUGGAUAAACAGUGCAACAUGUGGCAUUAUAACCAUAAUUCGUAUUAUAACAGAAAUCCUCACCAUCAAAUGCAUCAUCCAUAUCAUGCUCAUAAUCACAGACCGUCGCCGUACUCCCUGCCGUCAAACUCAUUCGUAAGUGGAAUCACAUCUAUGCCUAGCCUUACCCCUACCACACUGGCCAACAUUGAGCGCACGUUCAUCGAGCUACAGGCCGUGCCAGCGGUCAAUACUUCCCAGGGCCAGGACCCCCACACCCAAAGUGGAUUCGUUCCUCCCAUCGUUGACCCCGUUGUGACGUCAGAGCGGUCAAACGACGCCUACGGAGACUUCGGUGACAGUUCAGCCUCCGACCCUGAGUGGGUUCCAGUCAAGCAAUCAAGGAUCGAAUUGGCCGACGGAUCAAGUGCCAGCAAGAUCAGUGAUCCAAUGUACCCCCAGGUCGCUACCUCCGCCCCCCCGGGCCGCAAAAGGCGUGGGGCAAGGGACGUCAAACUUUCCCCUGAAGAGGACGAAAGACGGCGUGUACGACGGGAGAGAAAUAAAGUUGCCGCCGCCAAAUGUCGUCAGAGACGAGUCGACCAUACAAACCGACUGACAGGGGAAACCGACAUAUUAGAAAACGAAAGAGACGAUCUUGAGACACAAAUUCAACAACUUCAGCAGCAGAAAGACCAACUCGAGUUUAUACUGCAGGCCCACCAGCCUCUUUGCAAACUUGACGAAGGAUGUCAACAGAAAAACCAACCGGCAGCAGCGCCACCAAACACUAUGUCAUCAAAAGUAAAGGUUAAAAUGGAACCUGGAAUCGAGAGAUCCACUACCUGCCCCAUGGGCAAGGGUACCACGACAAGCACCAGCGGCAUUAGACCAAGCUCCCUAAACAUCGUCAAGUCCGAGAGCCGUAAGAAAGUUUCUGUCACAAGUGCAACCGGAAUUCCUAUUACUACGCCCUCUAACGGGUUUUACUUCGCCAUGGAUAGCAUGGUCGACCAUACCGGGUUAACCCCCAUCACUAACGGACCAACGCCCAGUUGUGGUACCGAGGCCAACAGAACUGCAAGUGAAAGUAGCUCGGAGAACGUAAACUCACCUACUCUUAUUUCCCUCUAGAUCAGGCUGUAGGCUCUAUAGAUCAAGCUGUAGGCUCUAGAUCUGCUUCGUAGGAACCCGAGAUGGUACACUGAAACAAUACAGACAGAACCCAGUUCUUGAUGUCAUAUGUUAUUUAUGAACAUUUUCAUAAAACUCAAGAACUUUUAUCAAUUAAAUGCUCUCGAUGUUUUUCACUUGGUGUUUGACGUGCUUAUGUGCUGCUGGACGGUUUGAUUUUGAGUACACAAACAAUUUAUUUCAGUUUUAAUGUAUUUAUUUGACAUUCGGGAGAAUGUGUGAAGGUUUUCCUCUGCCAGUAUUAUUUUUAUUGAAUGUUGUUGUAAAGUUGUAUGUGAUCGUCCUUGUGUCGUACUAUUAUGAAUGGAUUUUAGGCAUAGGUGGCGCCUUAAUCGUAACUAGUAAUCUUGGUAUCCUUAAUGUUUGAAGCUAUUUGACAUUUGCAAGCUUGAGCCAAUAGUAACCACGUAGUGACAUGUUUUGUUAAAGUUUUUUAAACGUGUUCAUUUUUUCAGCUAAAUGAAGCCUUAUCCUUGUCAGUACUGUUGUUUUUUGUUUAAAGUGUUGAUAAUUUUAAAACUAAUUUAGCUGAAUCAGUCUAGUUAGUUAGUACGUGCGGGUCACGUGACCGAGGAAUAAAAUGUGUAUAUUUGUGUGUGCUGAUAUUAUGAAAGUGUAAAUGUGGCCUAUACAAUACCUGUCACGUGGGUAGAGGUCGGCAACUGGAUGUUAUAAUUUGGACACAUAUUUUCUACAUUAUUUAUACAUUCUAAAGCAUUUCAAACUUUUACGUUUUUGAAUUUGCUUGGAAUGAUUUCAAUUAAACCCAAUAACGUAAAAUUUCAAGUUAUUUUACAAUCUGUUAAAAGCUGUAUAGGUUAUAAAUCUCAAAUAUUGCAGUGUCAUGUUGAAGUUACAAAAUCCUUGGCAAUAACUAAGUAUGAACAACCUCUACCCAUGUGACUGUGUACAAUACAUGCAAUGCAAAUAAAAUAAUUAUGAAAUUGUUACAAAUAUGGCAUCAAUAUUACUGCUUCCAAUUUUUUCAUGUUGUCCAAUUUAUGAAUUUUUGUACUGACAUUUUAUAGCAAAAUAAAAAAUGUAGAAACUAAA